CUCUCUCUCUCUCUCUCUAUAUAUAUAUAUAUAUAUAUAUAUUGUCAAUAUGUCACCACUAUAUAACCCUUCCAAUUCCCACUCCAAAUGCACCACCUCACCUCUCUCUCUCUCUCUCUCUCAAGCUAUCCUUGGCCCUUGCGGUAUAUUACGGUAUUUAAUAAUGGACCAGUUGAGUAACAACAAGCGAGUCCGAGAUGACUCGGACGAGUCCGAGUUCGACUCACCCGAGGUGAAGAGACUACGAGAAGAUCUCCUCGGUAACCUCGACGACCCGGACCUGUGGGCCACCUGUCCCGACCUGGACUCGUUCAUGAAAAGCUUUUACGAAGAGAUCUCGCCGCCUCCGGUGGACCUGACGUCACGUUCCGGCGAGUGUCCGGCGGGGUUCGGUUUCCUUCUCGAAGCCUCCGACGACGAGCUCGGCCUCCCUCCGCGUGAUACGAGGGAAGAAGAUAGAAAGAAUCAUGCAGAGUUGGAGCGAGUCACGUCGAACUCGUCAGGUGAACUCAGUGAGUCGUGGAGGUUGGACGACCAGUUCCCUAGUUAUGAUUCGUUCGAAUUUGGGCUUGGCGUUAACUUAGACGGAAAUAAUGAAGGCGAGUUUGUGGGAUUAGAUGGGGGGGUUUUCGAUUAUUCGGAUCUUGAUUUCGGAUUAUAUGAUGCCGGCGCAGUAGUACAAGCGAGGAAUUUCUGUCAAUCGUAAUUUUGAAGUAAUCUCCAGAUUUAAGGGCGAAUUCGAAGAAACUUAUGUUUUGACUCUUGAGGAUAUUAAAAUUUUAUUGAUUCUGACA